UCUCAGGGAUGAUGAGAGAUGUAGUGCUGAUUUAGACAUCCUAGAGCUGGGGAAUGGAUGUUGAAGAAUCUCCAGAGAAAUUCAACCAUGUUCCUUUUUCCCUAUGUCUCUACAGGGACAGUUCCCACCUCCCCUGGCCCAGCCCCUGACUCCAUCUGUGAACGAGGGUGAGGUUGGCCAUACUCACUUCCCAGCCCACCAGGAGGCUGUGGGUUCUGGACUUGGCAGCCUGGCCCCCACCACAGGCUUUCCAGACUGGAGCCCCAACACCCUUGCUGCCUACACAGACAGUGCCUACUCUUAUCCUACUUCUGCUGCUGAAAGUUUCCUGACUUCUGACUUCUGCCCACUCUCGGACCCAGGCCAGCCAUAUCCAUUUCUCCUGGGGAUGGAGGACCCCCUGGAUACCCAGCUUUAUGUAGAACCUUCCCUGCCACAGGUGGGAUCCUGGAAAGGUUCUGGACUCCCCUCAGGACCCCCACAGUUACCCUCUUUGGUCACUGGACCAUCCCUCGACUCAGCCCGUGCUCAAAUGCUGGCCUUGGGGCCACAGCGGCUGCUGGCCCAAGACGAGGAGGGAGACACGCUCCUGCACCUGCUGGCAGCUCGGGGGCUGCGUUGGGCAGCAUAUGCUGCAGCUGAGGUGCUCCAAACAUACAGACAUCUGGACAUUCGUGAGCAUAAGGGCAAGACUCCUCUCCUGGUGGCUGCUGCUGCCAACCAGCCUCUGAUUGUGGAGGAUCUAUUGAACCUGGGAGCUGAGCCUAAUGCUACUGACCAUCAGGGACGUUCUGUCUUGCAUGUGGCUGCUACCUAUGGCCUCCCAGGAGUCCUCUCGGCUGUGAUUAACUCAGGGGUUCGGGUUGACUUGGAAGCCAGGGACUUCGAGGGACUCACCCCCCUCCAUACAGCCAUCCUGGCUCUCAAUGUUGCUAUGGUCUCACCCGACCCCUGUUCCCGGGUGCUGAGUAUUCAGGCCCGAGACCGGCUGUCUUGCGUCCAAAUGUUGCUGCAUAUGGGUGCUGAUCACACCAGCCAGGAGAUCAAGAGCAACAAGACUGUUCUGCAUUUGGCUGUGCAGGCUGCCAACACCGUCCUAGUUCAGCUGCUGCUGGAGCUGCCACAGGGAGACCUGAGGGCCUUUGUCAACAUGAAGGCCCAUGGGAACACAGCCCUCCACAUGGCAGCUGCCCUGCCUCCUGGGCCACACCAGGAGGCCAUAGUGCGCCACCUGCUGGCAGCCGGGGCAGAUCCAGCAUUGCGAAACCUGGAGAAUGAGCAGCCCAUCCACUUGUUGCGGCCUGGGCCGGGCCCUGAAGGGGUUUUGAUUCCUUACCUUGUAAUGGUGACUCCUCUUGACCUCUACUUAAACCCUGACCUCAACAUAUGACCUCUACUUCCAACCCUGAAUCCUGACCUCAGGGAACGACCUUUGAUCCUCAAGUAUGGCCUCCAAUCCCUUGCCCAUAACCCUGAGUCCUAAUCUCAAAAUGGGACUCCUGACCCCCAAAUGGGACCUCUGGCCCCAUGUCUCUACCCUUCAACUCCCAGCCCUCAAUGCAAACCCAAAGGAGGGAACUCCCAACCAGCAACAGCUUCCCUUCAUCCCCAGUUCUGGCUCUGAGCCUUUUCACUCUCAAUUCCAAAUCUUGACUCUGAACCUCUGAUCUUCAAACCCAACUGACUCCACUCAACUUUCCUUCUUUAACCUCCAACUUCACCAGCUAUGCCUCCCCCACCUCUCCUUGCGACCUCCAAGACAUCUCUCUCUGCCUUGUCUUGUUCACAGCUCCGGCAGCUAUUGAAGAGGAGCCGCGUGGCACCCCCAGGCCUGUCCUCUUAGGACUCAAAACCCAGAACCUGGACUGAUUUUCCAGUCCCCACCGUCCUGUGGGACAGCCAGCGUAUGCUAAUGUUGCAAAUCCAUGAUAAUGUAUGUGGAAUGUCCUGCCAUUGGGGUCUUACAUUAAAACCUCAAAGUGGCUGCUGUGGUGGGGGUAAACAGUCCCCAAUAUUUGGGGUGAUGUACUAUCCCUCUCCCACCCACAAGGAGCCCCCUUGAUGAUUUCUGUGAAAUCGAGGCCCCUUGAUUGUUUCUGUGAAACACCCUGAACCCCUACCCCUAUCCUCACUUAGCUCUUCACACCUGGAACCUGAGAUGCAAUUCCCCUACAUGAUACUUGGGGCAUCCCAAAACAGCUCCAAGUAUCACCCCAAUAGAGUUCUUAAGAUGAACCCCCAACCUCUUCAGGUCUUUAACCCUAGGUCCUACUGCUUUCUAAUUCAGAACUCACCCAAGCCCCUAUCUCGGACCUUUGCAUUUCCAGUGAAUCUCUUUAUGAAAUUCCCUAUUAAACUCAAUUUGGGCCCGGCUAGUAUGGCUCAGUGAUUGAGCUUUGACCUGUGAACCAAGAGGUCACCAGUUUGAUUCCUGGUCAGGGUUCUCAGUAGAGGGCCUGUAGGAGGCAGCCAAUCAAUGAUGUUUCUCAUUGAU